GCUGUAUUUCUUUCUUCUUUUCUGAGCUUUCUCUACUGCAUUUGACUCCUCGUUCUGCGUGCUCUGCCUCUCGGUCAUAACUCUCUCCCUGAGCUUGAUGCUUCAGUUUCGCUAGGCUGAUAUCUUCUAAAGACUUGAAAAUGGCGGAAAAAUAUUGACGCCUAGCCAAAAGAAGGUACCAGUAACUAUCAACCGUCUUGCCAGUAGUUUUCUCUCUCUCUCUCUCCAACAACCCCCACCCGACUAUUCGGCAUGAUGAGCAAUCUUAAGUUAGGGGUAGAUGUGGUAAGUGCCCACAAUCUCUUGCCUAAAGAUGGGUUUGGUUCAUCUAGUGCAUUCGUGGAGCUCAACUUUGAUGGCCAAAAGUUCCGUACCACCAUCAAAGAGAAGGACCUCAACCCAGUUUGGAAUGAGAGCUAUUACUUCAACAUAUCCGAUCCUUCCAACUUGUACUAUCUCACUCUUGAUGCCUAUAUCUACAAUAAUGUGAAGGAUACCAGCUCCAGGUCCUUCCUUGGGAAGAUUAGUCUCACCGGGACUUCUUUUGUUCCCUACUCUGAUGCUGUUGUCUUGCACUACCCUUUGGAAAAGCGUGGCAUCUUCUCACGUGUUAGGGGAGAGCUCGGCUUAAAAGUUUAUAUUACUGAUGACCCAUCCAUAAAUUCCUCAAUUCCAAUCCCCGCCGUUGAAUCCUUGUCAAAUAAGGAUCCAAACUUAAAUCAUGUGCAUGCCCAAACGGUGCCAAGUGCAGCCACAGGCACUCACUCUAACAACAAAGCUGAGUCAAGACACACCUUCCAUCAUCUCCCUAACCCAAAUGAUCACCAUCAUCGUCAAUCUUUUGCUCCAGAAGAUCCCCUUCAUCCACCCAAGUAUAGGGCUGAGGAAAUGAAAAUGGAACCACAGCCUCCAAAGCUAGUACGCAUGUACUCUGCAUCAUCGUCGCAACCCGUUGAGUAUGCACUGAAAGAGACAAGCCCUUUCCUUGGUGGUGGAAGAGUUGUUGGGGGCCGUAUCAUUCACAGAGACAAGACUGCUAGUACUUAUGAUCUUGUUGAACAAAUGCAUUUUCUCUAUGUACGAGUUGUUAAGGCUCGUGAUCUUCCUGCUAUGGAUGUUACAGGGAGUCUUGAUCCAUUUGUUGAAGUGAAAAUUGGAAAUUAUAAGGGGAUUACAAAACACUUUGAGAAGCAGCAAAAUCCAGUGUGGAAUCAGGUGUUUGCAUUUUCAAAGGAUCGGAUGCAAGCGUCUGUACUAGAAGUUGUGAUUAAGGACAAGGAUCUCGUCAAAGAUGACUUUGUAGGCCUUAUUAGGUUUGAUAUCAAUGAAAUUCCAUUGCGAGUUCCACCAGAUAGCCCUCUUGCUCCAGAGUGGUAUCGUCUUGAGGAUAAGAAGGGAGAGAAGAUUAAGGGUGAGCUGAUGCUUGCAGUCUGGAUAGGCACCCAAGCAGAUGAGGCUUUUUCUGAUGCAUGGCAUUCUGAUGCAGCUACACCUAUUGAUAGCACUCCAGCUGCUUCUGCUGCGAUACGUUCAAAAGUCUAUCAUGCACCACGGUUGUGGUAUGUCCGUGUCAACAUUAUUGAGGCACAAGACUUGGUUGCAACGGAGAAGAAUCGCUUCCCAGAUGUGUAUGCUAAAGCACAGAUAGGUAACCAGGUUUUGAAAACCAAAACUGUUCAAGCUCGGACUUUAAGUUCUCUUUGGAAUGAGGACCUUUUGUUUGUUGCUGCUGAACCCUUUGAAGAUCAUCUGGUCCUAUCAGUUGAGGAUCGUGUAGGUCCUGGCAAAGAUGAAAUCAUUGGAAGGGUCAUCAUACCAUUGAACUCUGUAGACAGGCGUGCUGAUGAUCGUAUGAUCCCUUCACGUUGGUUCAACCUAGAAAAGCCAGUUGCUGUGGACGUAGAUCAGUUGAAAAAAGAUAAGUUCUCCAGCCGUAUCCAUCUAAGAAUAUGUCUAGAUGGAGGAUACCAUGUUCUUGACGAGUCAACUCAUUACAGCAGUGAUCUCCGCCCUACAGCAAAGCAGCUCUGGAAGCCACCAAUUGGAGUUUUAGAACUUGGAAUAUUGAACGCUGCUGGACUUCACCCCAUGAAAACAAGAGAAGGAAGGGGCACAUCAGAUACAUAUUGUGUAGCAAAGUAUGCUCACAAAUGGGUCAGGACACGCACCAUUGUUGACAACCUUAGCCCAAAAUAUAAUGAGCAGUACACUUGGGAGGUGUUUGAUCCAGCUACAGUUCUCACUAUAUGUGUAUUUGACAACAGCCAGCUUGCUGAAAAGGGUUCAAAUGGUAACAAGGACCUCAAAAUUGGGAAGGUUCGCAUACGUAUCUCAACUCUUGAAGCAGGCCGGAUUUAUACGCACUCUUAUCCUUUGCUGGUUCUUCACCCUACCGGUGUUAAGAAGAUGGGGGAAUUGCAUUUGGCAUUACGGUUUUCAUGCACUUCAUUUGUGAACAUGUUUUACCUAUACUCUCGACCACUUCUACCAAAAAUGCAUUAUGUAAGGCCUUUUGGCCUAAUGCAGCUUGACAUGCUACGUCACCAAGCUGUCAACAUAGUGGCAGCAAGGCUAGGUCGAGCAGAGCCUCCACUUCGAAAGGAAGUGGUGGAAUACAUGUCAGAUGCAGACUCACACAUUUGGAGCAUGCGAAGAAGCAAGGCAAAUUUCUUUAGGCUAAUGUCAGUUUUCUCAGGAUUAUUUGCUGUUGGGAAAUGGUUUGGUGAUAUCUGCAUGUGGAGGAAUCCUAUCACGACAGUGCUAGUUCAUGUCCUCUUUCUUAUGCUUGUUUGUUUCCCAGAACUAAUUUUACCCACGGUUUUCCUGUACAUGUUUCUGAUUGGAGUGUGGAACAUCCGGUACCGGCCAAGAUAUCCUCCCCACAUGAACACAAAGCUCUCACAAGCUGAGGUGGUACAUCCUGAUGAGUUAGAUGAGGAAUUUGACACAUUCCCUACGAGCAGGAGCCCAGAGCUGGUGAGAAUGAGGUACGAUCGGCUGAGGAGCGUGGCUGGUCGAAUACAGACUGUGGUUGGUGAUGUGGCAACUCAGGGGGAGCGAAUUCAGAAUCUAUUAAGUUGGCGAGAUCCGCGUGCUACGGCCAUGUUUGUUACAUUCUGCCUUGUAGCUGCACUAGUGUUAUAUGUGACACCAUUCCAGGCGGUGGCAGCUUUGGCCGGGUUCUACAUAAUGAGGCAUCCGAGAUUUCGCCACAGGUCACCUUCAGCGCCUAUCAACUUCUUCCGUCGACUGCCUGCUAGGACGGAUAGUAUGCUGUAAAUUGGAGAUUGGUAUGUGUUGUGGCCUGGGGGUCUUAUAAUAAUGUUACUGCUUCCCCCAAGUUGGAAAUCGCUGUUGUCCUCGUGCAUGCAGUUUCUUUUUAUAUCCUGGCCUUGCACGUUGUUGCUGUCGAGAUGCCGAGGGACAAUAUCGAAUAAUUUGUAUCUUUCCUUUCUAGCUUUCAGUGUAAACUAAAGCGACGUUCGGAUUCAA